AUGGGAGAGAAGCAACCUAUGGUAGGGCAAAACGGUGGUGCAAUUUCAUUUAGUGAUUUAAUAAGGGGUGAGUCUUUUAUCCCCAAAGAUCCUCAAAUGGAGAUCCUAGAGAUUGAAGAUGAAGAGGAGAUAGAAUCCGAUGAUGAAAACAUCCCGGAGGAAAUUCUCAAUGAUGAAAGAUUCCCGGUAAUUAGGUUAUCAAAGGAGGAGAAAGCAAGACUUCGACAGCCAUGGAAAACCUCCUUGAUAAUAAAGUUGUUCAGUGGUAAGAUUGGUUACAUGGGCCUAAUUAGAAGGUUGAAGAAGAAGUGGAACAUCAAAGGUGAAUUAGCCCUUACUGAUAUUGGCUGUAACUAUUACAUAGCAAGGUUCACCAACAAAGAAGAUUAUAGUUAUGUUCUAACUCAAGGUCCUUGGCUUCUCGAUGAUAACUAUCUCACAAUUAGGAAAUGGGUUCCUAAUUUCAUCCCUGAGGAAGCGCCAAUCAAAGUAUUAACUGCGUGGGUUCGCAUCCCUAAUCUACCAGUAGAAUACUUUGAUAUCAAUUUCCUCAACAAGAUUGGGUCGAAAAUUGGUAAGGUUCUGAGAGUUGAUAAAAUGACUACUAAAGAUGAACGUGGUCAAUUCACUAGUAUUAGUGUGGAAAUUGAUCUUUCAAAACCAUUAUUGUCUAAAUUUGGGUUAAAAGGAAGGAUUUGGAGAGUCCAAUAUGAAGGCAUUCGUAUGAUUUGCUUUAAAUGUGGCAAACUUGGGCAUGCAGAAGAUGAGUGUCCUAUGAGCCAUGUUGAGAGUCAAAAUGCUGCUAUGACUGUUCAUAAUAAUCCCUUGCACAACCAUAACCCUAAAACAGAAGAGAAUGAAGACUUCGGUUCAUGGAUGAUGGUGAAAAAGCCAGGCCACAAGAAACAGACCAAACAGGACAAAAACCCAAUUGGUGGAACAAAAUCUGGUCCGGGUGGAGUUUAA